AUGUCAUUGCCCCAUUAUGCCCUCGAUUGUGAUGCCGUUCUAAAAGAUUCUAUGAGUAAUAAAGAUGGAGUAUGGCGUAACGGAAAGCCCGAUUACACGAAAGCGAGAAAAUUAUUCGAAGCCCACAAGAGUAAAAGUCAUUCACCCGGCUCCCUCGAAUUUAUCGUUGAGAAUAUCAUCAAAAAUUGGGAAAAGGAAGUCAGUCACAAACCGAAUCCAUCCCAAUGGGAAACGGUCGAUUUGGCCAAUUACAGAUUUUCUUGCAACGGUGGCCAAAAGUAUACGGGCCAUGAAAUAUCGAGACAAGGCACCUACAACGUGUUACUCGGCGAAACUGCGUAUUACAAUUCGAAAUUGAUCACAUUCGAAGAAUCCCAUCUGGCAUUUAAACGGACAUUUGGCGAAGGUUUUGCUUGGGAAGUUAUUGAACUCUAUUCGGGUCCGCCGACGGUGUCAUUUAAAUGGCGGCACUUCGGCCGUAUGACGGGUUUGUUUUCGUGUUCAAAUCAAGCGGGUGGAAUUUACAAGGCAGAUGCAACGCACAAUAUGGUCGAACUGUAUGGCGUCUGCGUGGUCAAAGUCAAUGAGCACUUGAUGAUCCAGGAUUUUCAAAUAUUCUACGAUCCGAAUCAGUUGUUCACACAAUUAACAGAAAUCUGUCCUUAUCUCCCAUUCGCCAAAAUCACCGCGCCGCCUUCUCAUCAUGCAGAACUGUUGCUAGACAUAAAAACAACAACAAAAGUGUGUACAAUCACUUAA